AUGAUCACAACAACGACCGAAUCUUCUCUCCAAAAACUGUCCGCGGAAGUGUUGUAUAACGUUUUGGAAUUUUCUCCGCUCUUCGAUGUAUUGUCUAUGUUGAAAGUUUGCAGUGUUUUGCGCGCAAUUGGUCAAGAUAGGAUGCGGCCAUUCUACAAGGACACCCUACCUCAUAGAACAUUUUCACCCUGGUUGGAAUCUGAAACGAUUGAUAAAUUCCGCGAACUUCAAUGCAUUUCGGGAAUGAUUGUCGCUGGUUCAGUCGCCCUAUCCAUAUUCGCACCCGUGUCAUUCCUUCCAAAUAAUCUUGACUGCCUAGUGUCUCUGGCGAAUGGCGACAAAGUAGUAAACUUUCUUGAAGCUCACGGUUAUAUGCGGAAACGAGAAGACGGUGAUAAAGGGACCACUGCAGAUUUUGUUUUAGCGGAAACUGCGCAUUCUUCGUCUUUCACCGCGUUCUAUCAUUCGAAUCCCGAAAUCCAAUCUAUCGUUGCAUAUGAGAAAUUGUUGAACAACAAUCUCGCUACCAUCAACAUCAUUUUUACAUCGGGUUCCCCUGUCCACGCAGUUUUGUUGCAUCAUUCAACGUGUGCGAUGAACUUGAUUACACAUGAAGUGGCAAUGUGUUUGUUUCCGUGUUCGACUAUGAAACUCAAAAAAGCGAUUAUGCUACGAGGACCGACCUAUUUCGAAACAAACCGCAACUCCGUUAACAUUGUCGCGGAAAAGUAUAAGGAAAGGAAGUUAACUUUCGUACACCCGGACUUUGUGACUUUCAUGGACGCUUUGUUACCAAACUCGGAACUUAACAUGUUUGGAAGGUCUCCAGGAGACACAAUGUGUUUGACUCUCCCUUUGCCUCCGUUCACCGACUGCCGUUACAAAAGCCCUAUGUCGGUUGAAAUUCUAAAAGCACACUCAUGGUCCAUGUCGUACGAAACAUCGAAGUCCGUGGUAGAUACGAAAUCUGUAACAACGAUUGACAACAUCGAGCUUUGUGUAUCACCAUGGUCGUGGAGAAGAAUUGUUACCGAUAUUUCGGUGGUGAAUGAAAAUGUAGCGUUUUGUUGGUUUUCCAGUUUAGGAUCCGUGGUGAACAAAAAGCGCGCACAGCACGGUUUGAUGAAAACCUUGCAACGUUGGUUAUCAAAAAACCCGAUACCUAUCACCAGUCCCGACGUGACCACGCCGAACGCAGCUGUUGCGGAUUGUCUGGCGGACUUGUUUUACCACUUGGAAGUGAUCAAUGUACAAAUUAGAGGCCGCCCAAAUGCAGAGGUCAAAUUUGAAUGGAUUGUGGAAGACGACUUAUGUGGUCUCGGCAUAAUGAUUAUCGUUGACGAGCGUGAAAGAUUUUUGUGGAACGACACGAUGGAACAAAACAGUGCAUCCAUAAGUGCUCUACGAGAUGAAACGGUUUUCGUCAGAUUACUUUAG